AUGAGUGCAAAGCGCAAACGAAUUGUGGUUUCGAUGGAUACACGUUUAAAAGUUCUAAGGCGGAUUGAUAAUGGUGAGUUCGAAGCGAAAAUAUGUGCAGAAUUUAAUUUUGGAAAAAGCACUGUAAAUGACUGGCGAAGAGAUAGGCGUUCCAUUGAGGAGUUUUGCUCGAAAAUGGAAUUUGAUAGAAAUCUGGGUAGCCGUUGUACGAGAAAAAAACCGAUAUGCGAGGUCAUCGAUGAAGCUUUGUGGAUCUGGUUUCUUCAGGAACGUCGAAGAGGUACACCGAUUGGCGGCCCAAUUUUGAAAGAAAAAGCUUUGGCUAUCCACCAGAAGAUUAAUAUUGGAGGUGACUUUGUGGCAAGUGAUGGUUGGCUUAAUCGAUGGAAGAAGCGACACGGAAUUCAUUUCGCACAUGUAAGUGGAGAAAAACUGUCUGCUGAUACAUCUGGUGUGACAGAAUUCAAGACUAAGUUUGGUGAAAUGGUUAAAACAGAGGAAUUAUCUCCAGAACAAGUCGAUAAUAUGGACGAGACCGGGAUAAACAUUAAAAUGUUACCAGAAACAACUUUUCUAGGCAGUCAUGAACAGUCUGCCUCUGGCUUCAAAAAGAACAAAGAACGUAUUACAGUUACCGUUUGUUCGAAUGCAGCAGGGACUCAUAAAAUUCCUCGUUUCGUUAAUGCAAUUCUUGUGUUAGAUAAUGCUCCAACCUAUCCUCGUGACUGCGGUGUAGAUGACAUAAAAUUAGUUUAUCUUGCUCCUAAUGUGACAAGCUUAGUGCAACCAAUGGACCAAGGAGUGAUCGAAAGCUUAAAAAGACGAUACAGGCGUAAACUUGUUUCUGAAAUUCUGCAACAUUCGGAGAGUGAAGACAAAGGUCUUUUAGAUGUCAUCAAAAAGAUCCAUAUCAAGGACGUUAUCUAUAUAUUAGCUACAGCAUUUCAAGAAAUGCCCUUUUCAACGUUUGUUAAGUCUUGGAGAAAACUUUGGCCAGAUGUUGAGAAUCUAAUUGUGAUCUCGAAUAUUGCAGGGACUGAAGAAGAAGAAAACAAAUCCACUUUACAAGACCUUCAAAAGUUAUCGGGUACCGAAUCAUUACAGGCAGAAGAUGUGGAAAAUUGGAUGAUAAACUGUGACGAACACCUUGAAAAUGAAUUUUUGAAUGAUGACGAAAUCAUAGAUUUAGCAAGCAAAGAACAAGAGGAAGAUGAUGAGAGUAGUGACGUUGAAGAGGAGAAAACAGUUUCUCAUGAAGAAGCCAAAAAUGUGAUGGAAAUUGCAUUGAAAUACAUUGAGCAACAACAUGAGUCAACAGCAUUAGACGUUGUGGCGAUUAGAAAAUGGAGGGAUGUCGCAUUCAGAAAUUCACUGAAGGUUUCGAGUCCGGACCCUACUGAAGGGUUGGUUGGUUGGUUGGUUGAAGUGGUGAUUCGUCCAUAA